GAUCCAUUCUAAGUCCCAAACCUUCCUUUCUCCACGUCCUCUGCCUCUCUCUCUCUCUCUCUCUCUCUCUCUCUCUCUCUCUCUCUCUCUAAUGGCACUCGCUUCAAUUUCACCACCGUUUACUAAGUCCUUGACUCUCUCUUCUUCUUCAUAUUCAACCAAUCUCAAUUCUUUAAAGCCCUUCACCAUAGUAUCUCAUGCCCAGAACCCCAAGAAAGAUUCUUUUCAAGAUUGUCCCAGGAACCAAAUCCAAUCCAAGACCAAUGUUAAAGAAGACUCCAACACAUGGAAAAAGUUGGUGUCUGCAACAUUGGCUGCUGCUGCGGUUUUUAGCUUCAGCAAUGACAUGCCUGCAACUGCUGAUCUCAACAAAUUUGAAGCAGCCACACGCGGUGAAUUUGGAAUAGGCUCAGCUGCCCAAUUCGGCUCUGCUGAUCUUAAGAAGACUGUACAUGUAAAUGAAAAUUUCAGAAGAGCCAAUUUCACAUCUGCUGAUAUGAGGGAAUCUGAUUUUAGUGGUUCCACAUUCAAUGGUGCUUACCUUGAGAAAGCUGUUGCUUACAAAGCAAACUUUUCAGGUGCAGAUUUAAGUGAUACUCUGAUGGAUCGUAUGGUUCUUAAUGAAGCUAAUCUGAAAAAUGCGGUUCUGGCAAGAUCAGUUCUCACCCGCAGUGAUCUUGGAGGUGCACUUAUUGAAGGUGCUGACUUCAGUGAUGCUGUUUUGGAUCUUCCUCAGAAACUGGCUCUCUGCAAGUAUGCAAGUGGCACAAACCCCACUACUGGUGUAAGCACCAGAGUUAGCUUAGGUUGCGGGAACAGUAGACGAAAUGCUUAUGGUAGUCCCUCUUCUCCUCUAUUAAGUGCUCCACCUAAGAAAAUGCUUGAUCGUGAUGGUUUCUGUGAUGAAACUUCUGGUCUUUGUGAUGCAAAAUAGUUCAACUGUAUAAUAUAUAUUUUUUUUUGAACUAAGAUGCACUCCUUAUACCUUUUACCAUUUGAACUUUGAGGAAUGUUAUUAUUACUGUAAACACUUCAAAAAAAUGCAAUCUUUAGUUGUUGAUA